GAUUUUGUUUUGUCUAAAACUGGCGAAGAGAAAAAUUAACAAUAACAGAGUAGAACUGCGAAAUGGCUGGUAGUGUUGCUGCGACGAUUCAAGCCAUACCCAUCUCGAAUCUGUCUUCUUCUUCAAGUACACUCUUCUAUCUCCGAAACACCAAGCUUCUCCCAGCUUCGGCGGCCCUCAACAGAGUUGGAUUGUCCAGAAAGCAGAGAACUCUGCAACACAGGUCUCUGACAGUCUCAUUGGCUCUGGCCGAAUCAGAUUCCGCCAAAUCCUUGGAACCCGAUUCUCAAUCUCUUCUUCAACAACUCGCUAAAAGUUUUGAUCUUCCCCAAGAUUACUUUUCGCAGCUCCCACGCGAUCUCCGUCUCGAUCUCAACGAUGCGGCUUUUGAUCUUUCAAAUGGACCGGUCAUUGAUGAGUGUGGUUUAGAGCUGGGAGAGACAUUGUUAAAUCUCUCUAGAGCAUGGGAAAAAGCUGAUACAUCGACUUCGCAUAGUUUAGUUAGCAAGCUCCCUAAGUUGGAAGAGUCAUUAACAAACAAUGCUAAAUCAGCCUUCGGAAAGCGUUUGGUUUUGGCUGGAAGAAGGUUCCAAUCCAUGGGGCAGUAUGGCCAAGGCGAGCUACAAAAGAUUGCAAAAAUGAUGAUCACAACUGGGAAAUGUCUAUCUGAUAGUUCGAUAUCAACAGAGACCGAUGAACAGCCAAAGAAUGAAAGCAGGAUGUUGAAGUUUGGAGAACUCCAGGUCGAACUAACAGCUAAUAAAGCGAAUAUUGGCGCUUCCAUUAGUUUAGUUUUCGGGAUUCUUUCAUGGGAGAUAGCUCAGGGCAUCCAAAACAUACCAGAGAGCUCAUUGCAGUAUUCUAAUGACAAUGCCUUGAUGUUGGCUAAGUCUCUUAGGGGAGCUCUGCUUGCAGUGUUCUAUUCAUCAACGGUUUUGUCUGGCUUUACCUCUGUGGGACUUGUCUUACUAGCAAGACAACUCAACUCAAAGGAGAAGUGAAAAUCUGCAACUAUAUUAAUGUUAAACCAUUUUGGUUUGUAAAUUCCUUGUACGGGUAAUCAUAAUUGUAAUGUAAUUCAUAAAUAGAUUAAUUACUUGUCAUAAAAAAAUCACAAUUUCUUUUAAGUAUAAUUUGUAACUGAUUACAAAAAUAGAACAUUAAUUUGUAACUCAAAACUUAUGAUGUGUGUUAAUUUCUUCACCA